AAUUUCACAGACUUAGUGUACGAUCCGCAUGAAGCCAACAAGGAACGUCUGAAGACCCUUGCCCAAACAUGCAAACAAACUGGAAUCACUUACGAUUUGAACAAAAUAUACAAAAAGGCAACAUUUCAUCUCCUUUAUGAAGACACUCAUAAAUUUGUCUUUUGCCUGUUGCCUAAAGUUGGGACUACAACUUGGAAAACUGUUCUCGAGACCGGACUGGGAAAGACAUUGCUAAGACUGUCAUACAUACCACAGCCUGUUGGAUUAAUCAAAUUACAUAAAUACGUUAAAUUAGUAAUAGCCAGAGACCCACUUGAAAGACUUUUGUCAAGUUACUACAGUAAAAUUCAUUUUUCAGCUCACCCGGAUAUACGUCACAUAUUUGAACAUAAAUAUGGGGAAAAGAUAAUGGCAUUUAGAGAAGGAUUUAUUUGGGAAACGGGAAUGACAGAUCUUAAUGUGACGUUUGAAGAAUUUGCAAAGUUUGUUAUUGCAUGUGGCGCAGGCGCACGAAUUAAUUCGCUUAAUCACCACUGGAUACCUCAAUACAUAUUGUCAUAUGUAUGUCUGCAUCAGUAUGAUUUCAUUGGGCACUUUGAUAAGUUAGCUUAUGAUGCACCAUAUGCAAUUCAACUCAUGGGACUAACAGAUGUUGCACAAUUCCCACCAAUUCAUCACUCACAAGGCAACACUCACUUCAGUGAAUAUUCUAGAUUGCCCCUGCCAUUGGUGAAGCAACUAGUUGAGUAUUAUCGUCUUGAUUAUCAAUUCUUCAGCUUCGACACACCAAAAUUAGAUCAUGAAGCUGAAUAG